UUUACACAUUUAUCACUUCAACUGAUCAUUGGAUUCAGUGAUCACUGCCUCAGCUUUAGUGACACCCAAGAGGAAUGUCUUCGUCACUGGAAUCCUAUGUCAACCACACCGUUUCGGUGAUCACAGCCGAUGGCCGACAGAUUGUGGGGACUCUGAAAGGCUUCGACCAAACAGUG